UAGAAAGUUACUAUGAUCGUUUAACUCCUGCGGAUUUAUUUUUCAGUGUUUCAAUAUGACGUGCAAGUGGAAGCUAAUUAGGCAAUUUCAUGAAGGGGAAUAUGAAUUAACACUUGGAAAAAAUGCAAUAGGAAGAAAUGUUAAUUCAGAAGUUCGAUGUUCAAGCCUUUUUGUAUCAAGGACUCAUUGCAUCAUAGAAGUAUCUGAAGAUUUAAUCAAAAUUAUUGAUAACAAGAGUUCCAAUGGCACAUAUGUUAAUUACAAUAUGAUACCAACAGAUACUUAUCACACAUUAUACGAUAAUGAUAUAAUAGGAUUAGGUGUAGCUGGUGACCAAUCCCUUAGUGAAGAAUUUUUUAGAUCUAUUGGGGAUGAAUCCAUAGAUAUUGAUAACAAACGAAUAAAAAUUGAAAACGAAGCAUCAUUUGAUGAUGAUGACAAUGAUAACAUGCUGCUCAAUUACACACAAAGUGAUAAUGACAUUGUAGUAAUUAGCGACGAUGAAAGUUCAAUGGUGCAAAAAUUUGAAAAGUCUUUCAAAUCAAGUGGGAUAGUAGAAAAUUUGGAUCAACCAAAUGAUAGACUACUAAUGGAGAUUGAUGAAGAUCUGUCUGAGAGCAAUAAUGAAAUUAUUUGCCUUGACAGUGAUAAUGAAGAUGAUGACGUUGAUAAGUGGAUAAAUAAACUUUCUCAAAAUUUUUCCAUGAAGGGCAACAAAUCCUUGGUGACCAGGAGAAAGAAAGAUCUUGUAGAUUUAGAGGAAUAUGACUUUAUAGCAAAUAGUGAAAGCAAUGAUCAGAAUGCAUUACCUGAACCACCAACUUCAAGCACUAUAACCCCAUCAAAAAAAACUUACAUAAAGCCACCAAUAAUAGAAUGCCCAGUAAACAUGAUUCCAAGACGAAAGAGUUCAACAGGUUCCACUUUAGAGAACAAAUCAAAGGAAAAGGCAAUACAAAAAACUGUAAAGUCUGAAAAAUCAAAGCCUAUAUCUAAAUCUAAAAGAAAUUCAGUCAAAAAGUUAAAAAGCAUUGAAAAGGGAGAGAAAAAAAUUAUUGGACAAAUAAGAAAAAAUCGUUUGAAAGAAUUAGCUGACAAAACUGCACCUCCAAAAGAAUUCAAUGAUAGUCCAAAAAUUGUAUCUAAGCCAAAAGUUAAAUUUACCGAAAAUAAUCGAGGAGCAUUCCUUACAGAUAAUAUUCCAGUAGUUCCAUGUAAUAAAAAUGAUUCAAAAACCAAAACUAAAAAUGAUGCAAGUUUACCCAAAGUGUCAGAUCUUCCUAAGAUACCAAAGAAAACAAGAAUUCAAAUGAUAACAAUGCAGCAAAAAAAAGCAGUGAAGAAGAAUUAG